ACCUAACGUCAACACAGCUGUUGUUAAAGGUCUCGUGCUUCUCCUGUCCGGCACCGUGACAGACUUUAAAUGUCAGAAAUGUCAUCUAUAAACAGAAAGUUGAUUCAAGCUCUCGCUGAAACAAUCUCAAAACAAGUGAAGCAUUUUAAUAAAGCGGAAGUUGAAUGCCUUAUUCGAGGAUUUAAUUAUCUUCUGGAGCAGAAUAUCUCUAAAAAUACAGCAGGCGGACUGGACAGAGGGAGAUUCAGGAGCAUACUGCACGACAUGUUUGGGAUGACCGACUACAUGAUAAUGGAUGGAGGUAUCUUCUUCAGGACGUUUGACAAAGACAACGAUGGCUCAGUCAGUGUGAAAGAAUGGAUUGAGGGACUGUCUGUUUUCCUUCGAGGGAGUUUAGAGGAGAAAAUAAAAUACUGCUUUCAGGUGUAUGACCUAAAUGGUGACAACUACAUCUCAAAAGAGGAGAUGUUUCAACUGCUGAAAAACAGCCUCAACAGACAGCCCACAGAGGAAGACCCAGAUGAAGGUAUCAAAGACCUGGUGGAGAUCACACUCAAGAAGAUGGAUCACGACCAUGAUGGCAGACUGUCGUUUGCUGAUUUUGAAAAGGCAGUGAGAGAGGAGAAUCUUUUACUUGAGGGUUUUGGAAUCUGCCUCCCUGACAACACGAGUAUUGAGACAUAUGAGAGGCAUUUAUUUGAGGAGCAAUGGGAACGUUGAAGAAAUCAUGUCCUUUUUUCUACAUACUCUUUAUUAAAAAUGUUAAUAGCUGUUUGCAUUAUGGUGCAAAUUGUAAAUUAGAAAAAAGUUGCCUUGGAAC